CCCACCUCUAUUAUCAACAGAACAACAGAAAAAUAAUAAUCCAAAAGAUUAUUGCUCAAGCUUCGAGUAGGUGCAAUUUGAACUCUGAGACAUGGGUAAGCACAGAACCGCCCAGCAGGAUGCAAUAUUCGUUGCCUUUAUGGAGCGACAUCCAAUCAUAUCGAAAAAUUACCUCAAAGGCGACAAGCAAGCGGCGGAAGCAGCCUGGAAGAGAUUGUCAAAGGAGCUCAACAGCGUUGGUCCGCCUGUCAAGGAGGCCUGCGAAUGGAAGCGGGUGUGGAAGGAUUGGAAAAGCUGCAUUCGUAAGAAGAUAACUAAUAACCGCCUAGAGGACUCUAAGGCUAGUGGCAAAGGAUCGCUGUACCAAGAUACACUCACACCUCUGGAGGAUGCAGUCGCCGUGAUUUGCGACUUGUACGACAUGGCUGACACCAUUGUCGAAGCGCGUCCCAAGACCCAAAUCGAAGGGCCUCAAAGCCUUUCUCUGCAAAGCUUAAAAACUGACAACGAGGAAGCCACUGUAACGGAUAUUGACGAAGAAGAAGAUGAAGAUUGUAGCAACCCAAUAAAUAUUAGAAGUUCAGGUGUAAACUGGAGCCGAACUACUAGAACUACUGCGAAACGAAAGCUGGAUGAGGAAGACGCUUUGGAAAUUGAACAGGACAGCGCAGUUCCGGUCCUCAUGGACAUAGCAAAGGAACUCCGCAAUUUAAAUAGACAAACACGCCUAAACGCCCAGCGAACUGAAGCUAAUACUGCCUCCAUAUUAGCUCUGGGUACUCAGAUAUCAGAAUUAAUGCAGCAGCAGUUAAAGGAACGGAAGCGCCUUAAUGCCAUAAUGGAGAAAUUUGUACUCAAAAUGGAAUCCACAGAAUAGAUCCAAUCCUGUAAACUACCGAAAAAUGUAUCGUUUUUCUCUCAUGGUUUGUUAUAAGGCUACAUUGUCAAGAUAUUGUUUCUUUCUAUUAGUACUAGCAAGCCCUGAGCGGCUUUGCUCGCUUUUUAACAAGCAAGUCGUGUAGCAAUAUUGUACCCUAGCAGAGGGUUAUACACUCCUAAUUGUAAUUCAACUCGAGAGCAUCGACAGGUCAAUGUGUAAAAUAUCGUUAAAACACCAACUUAUUUACCAAUAUAUGGUAAUAAAGCGUUUCUUAAACAAAAUAUAA